CAUGGCGGAUGAGUGAACACUUCACUAGCGUCAAAUCCGCUGCAAAUAUGACUUAUAAAACCAAGUAAAUGGUAACGAGAUGGAUUUACCUCUUCCAUGCAAAGAAACUAGAAACUUAGUGGGCCACCAGGGAGCCGUACGAGCCGUCAGAUUCAAUUACGACGGUAACUACUGCCUGACAUGUGGCAGCGAUAAACUUUUAAAACUGUGGAACCCUCACAAGGGAGGUCUCCUAAAGACGUACAGUGGACAUGGAUAUGAAGUACUUGAUGCUGUAGGAUCCAGUGAUAAUGGUCGGGUGGCGAGCUGUGGAGCUGAUAAAACUGUUAUACUAUGGGAUGUGGCAACUGGACAAAUUAUACGCCGCUUUAGAGGACACACCAGUAAAGUGAACUGUGUGAAGUUUAACCAACCAGACAGCACAGUAUUAAUAUCUGGCUCAUAUGAUGCCAGUGUACGGUGCUGGGAUUGUAAAUCGCGCAGUCCUGAGCCAGUACAGAUUCUCGAUGAUGCCAAAGACAGUGUGCCUUCCCUAUGUGUGUCUCAACAUGAAAUUCUGUCUGGAUCUGUUGAUGGCAAAGUCCGUAACUAUGAUAUCCGUAUGGGUCAGUUGCGAGUAGAUUGUAUUGGCCAGCCAGUCACCAGUGUGAAUUUUACAAGGGAUGGUCAGUGUGUGCUGGCAUCAACAUUAGAUGACACCAUUCGUCUGAUGGAUAAAGACACUGGGGAGUUACUGAAUGAGUUUACAGGUCAUAUAAACAAAGACUAUAAAGUGGACAGCUGCCUGAGUAGCAGUGAUGCACAAGUUGUUAGUGGCUCAGAGGAUGGCAGGAUUUGUUUUUGGGAUCUGGUUGAAGCCAAGAUAGUACACACCCUGGAUAAAGCUCAUAAAUCUGUUGUUUACUCUUUGUCUUAUCACCCUACAGAAAAUUACCUUCUGUCAGCAUCUUCGGAUGGAAAAGUCAAAGUUUGGCAUGAUUCAAAUUGGAUGCCAGAGUAAAUAACUUGGCUAUGAGAAACAUGAACCUACAUGACUGAAAACCAUAAUUUGGUUUUGUGCAUGUAUGAUUUAAUAAUUUAUGAUUGUAAAUAAAUAGUUGUCUAUAUUUUAAUUGCUUAGAGAAAGAUAGAGUGAAAGAUAGGUUUCUUUUUCCUUACUACCUGUACACAAUGCACAAUAAGUACAAAUUAUCAACAGUCAAAAAGGGACAGGAAGUAACAAAGAAGAGUAGUGUAAGAAUUGUUUUCUACCAGCAAUCCCUAUCUCUGCUCCUCCCAGGAGGGGUAACAAUAAAAAAGGGUUUUGUGUUUACUAAGUAUCCUAUAUUCUGAUAGGAUUGGUAAUUUUGAAAGCAAUGUGUGAGGAAAAAAGAGUAAAAAAGAUGUUGAAAUUUAAACUCCAUCAUUAAAGGUUUUUAGUUUCAGA